UCAGGUAACAUACGUCAGCAACACGAGAACAAAAGGAAUCAUUUAGAAAUUUCAACUUCAAAACUUCCUUUUGGCCAAACACGGGUUUCUGCUGGUUGACAAAAUCUCUAUAGACAAAACGAAGAAUACAUAAUCAAUUAUCAAAAUGGUUCAGUCAUCAUCAGCAACAUCUGUUGGCUCAGGUGGGCGAUCCCCCAAAGCAGGUGGUGGUGCCCCCAAAUCAGGAUCAACAGUUAGAAAUAGGAAGGGGACCAGUGCAGCCCCUGCAAGGAGGACAACUGGUAGUUCACCACAAAACAUGUGGAGGUUUUAUACAGAGGAUUCCCCUGGAAUAAAAGUUGGCCCAGUUCCUGUAUUGGUCAUGAGUUUGCUGUUCAUCGCUUUUGUCUUCAUGCUUCACAUCUGGGGAAAAUACACAAGGGGUUGAAGAUUUUUCAUAAACUAGUUUAUAAAAAUUAUAUGUUGUGGUCCUCUGUAAAUUAUAUAUUAAAAAAUCAAAUAGGAAA